UAUUCAAUCCAAAGGAUUCACCUUUGUAUUCUCCUCACAGUGGGGCAUCAUCUCUCAGAAGAAAUUUUUUUACAAAGAAAGAGGAAAAAGAAAAGAAAAAUGUUGCAGUUGUUCUUCACUGUGGCUUUCUCUGCGGUUCCUCUGACCCUUUACGUGCCACCAAUCCGAAGCCUAAACCUGUUUGUGGAAACAAUGGAAUAUGUUGUCAGAGAAUCAAGAACCCACAGGAACAGAGUUUAUCCUCGCCUACGCGUAGCUUGGUCUAGGAUGUUGGAUAUCAUGCUCUGCAACACAAGGUAGAUUCAUAUGUCAAAGUUUCAUGAAUUGAAAAAAGAAAAGAAAAACCACAUCUUAUCUUAUUGUAAAUAUGCUUUUCCUUCUUUAUUUUUUUUUUGUUUUUCUUGGAUCCUUUUUGUGGUUCUUGAUUUUUUUAAUUUUCGUUUCUUUUUUUAAAAAAGAUUUCUUUGAUUUAACAUCAAUUUCUAAUAAUCUACAAUAAAGCCUCUACGGUGUUAUGAGUUUGUUUUAUAGCAGUUUUGCUCUUGCCACGGAUUAUUAUGCAGUAGACUUAAUUGUUGUAAUUUUAAGACUUUUUUUUUUUAUUUUUUUGACAUUUUGUGUUGAUUCCAUUCGGUGGUUCCUGUUCAAUGUUCGUUCCUUAAUGAAACCUUAGAAGGAAUAAAUGGAAUUUUCUGUGUUCAUGGGAA